CAGCCGGGCGGGCGGCGGAUUGGCGCGUGGGGGCGACGGCUCCUCCCCCGCGGCGGCGGCGCGGCUUGGGGGCAGCCAUGGCCAUGAGAAGGGCGGGCGCGGCGCGGCCAUGCAAGGUGCUGUCUUCUGGAAGGCUGACGGGAGCAGCAAAGCAAAGCAAUGGAAGGAAACAGCUUGGCUUAAGAAAAGGAUGUCGUUCUGAUGUGGAGGAUGCAUACUGUCACUACUCCACUGAUUCAGACGAUCAGGUUAAUACUAUUCAUAAUGGACUUGACCGCUGUGCAGCUUUACUGAAGAAUAUCCUAGAAAAUGAAGCUACAGGAAAGGAGGCUAUCAAUAAACAACCAGGGAAAUCAUCUGUUAAAAUUACUUCCAAACCUUUCCUAACCAAAGCAAAUACUCUGAAGAAGAAAGGAUUGAAGAAAAGCAUUACUGCUCCCCACAUCCGGAAAGAAAUUGUGCCAAUAUUACCUAAGAAAAAUCUUUCAUCUACCACGCCAUCUACUGAGAAAGAGCUUCCCAGUGCAGUACAGCACCAGCUGAUUCGACCAACUCAUGUGCCUUGCAGCCAGCAGUCUCCUGUCAUACGUGAGAAAUUGUGUGAGCACGUGCCGACCCAGAUGGCUCUGAUAACUGGCCAGCCAUCACAGAGCAAUAAUGAAAUUCCUCCUGUGACUUCAUUUCCUACCUCAAAUCAUGCAGACCUGUCCCUGCAGCAUGCAGCUCAUCCCUUAUCUACUCAGGCCGGUGUUCCUAUAGACAGUGGCAAUGAAUGUGUGCCACAGAUGGGAGAAACUGUGGUUUUCCCCAUGGUUUCUGCUGCUCCCACUCCUGCACAAAUACAGGCUGCCAGUUCCCUUCCUGGUGUGAUGCAUUAUGUAGCAUCAGGUGCAUCAAGUAAUUCUGCAGUGCCUACAUUCACCCCGUUGUCUUCUGGCAGAGAGAUGAUCCCAAGGCAGGAGCAACGGAGUAAAGAAGCAGACUUGAUAAGGUGCAUAAAAGCUCACCUGGCCCUGUUACAAACGUGUGAAAUGGCAAAUGGCAGGACUGAACAGAAGCUCUGUCAUUGUCUGACAGCAUGUAACGUCUCAAGUAAUGAUGGGGAUGCUUCUGAAGAACACAGUGAGGAUGUGGUCAGCGAAGGUGAAUUGAAUGUGCUUGAUGUGGCCUCAGCAAGAGAUGCAAACAGCCAGCAAAGCUGUGUGAAGAAAGGUCUAAAACCUAGACAAGAAAGUGCAGAUAAAGCAGCCCAUAAAGUAAAGAUGGUAAAAUAUCUUUUGGGAGAACUCCGAGCACUGAUAACAGACCAAGAUGAUUCAGAAGCGUUAAGGUUGAUGAAUGAAAUAGAAGACUGCAUAUCAUUGCUGCCAGCUGUAGUGGGAAGUACAAACAUACAGACUGAGAUAGCUCUAGCUUUACAGCCUCUCAGAAGUGAAAACGCCCAGCUGCGUAGGAAACUAAGAAUCUUAAAUCAGCAACUCAGGGAACAAGAGAGGAAUGAGAAGACAUCUGGACCGAGCUGCAACUAUGAAUUGGCUUCUUUGCAGUCCUUGAAUGUGAUGCUCCACACUCAACUGAAAGAAUCACUGAAAGGCCUUGAGUCACUGCAGGCUAAAAACGAAGAGCUACUGAAAAUAAUAGAAAGUCAAAAGGAAGAAAAUAAGCAUCUUGCAAAAGAUAUUCAGGAGAAAGAAAAGGAAUUGCUUGAAAACAAACAGCAACAUGAUAUUCAUUCCACCAAGGUCAAGAUUGAAGUGGAGGAGGCAUUAGCAAGUGUGAAGAGCCUUCAGUUUAAGCUGGAAGCUUCUGAGAAGGAAAAUAAGAUUUUGGGCAUAACGUUACGUCAGCGUGAUGCAGAAGUUAACAGACUGCGUGAGUUAACCAGAACCUUGCAGGGCAGUAUGGCCAAGCUUCUGUCAGACCUCACAGCAGACAACAGUAGACCCACAUCUGAAAAAGGUCUCUCGAAGUCUCUCUUGGAUGACCAUGAGAAACAGAUGCAGCCCGAUCCAUGUCCUGGGAAUACUUCAGUAAUGACUUACCUUAAGAAGUUAGAAAUGGAUCAUGUUUUGAUAGAUGCUGAGCUUCAGUUCUCAAAUAAAGAUGGAGAGUUACAAAUGCUAAAUCAAGCCUAUGAAAAGUUUGCUGAUGAGGGAACUAAAAUAAACCAUAUAUUCUCAGAAGAACGAGCAUCAGCAUCCAGAAUGUUACCAACCUUACUGAAGAAAGAUGCAGAAACAGCUAGUGAUUCUGGGACUUUAAUAGAUGAACAAAACAAGUUGGAUGAGACUGUUUAUAUUCCACUGACUAGCAGUGCCUCUAAAAAACAGCAUGUCUGUGAGAGAACUAAUGCACUACCUCUUAUGAAAGGAGCUUGUAAGAUGUUGGACUACAACUGUGAGCUCUCAAACUCCGUGCAACAGAAUAGAAGUGAAGUGUCAAAGGAUCCAACUAUUCUGGAUACAUUUAGUGCUGGGUACAGCAUGAAAAAGGCUAUGGAAAACACACUUGAAAUUACAGGGGAUAAAGUGAAGUUGGGAGACAAAGUCCAAAUGAGACCAAAAGGCACUUUGAGUGGAGCUGCAAAAGACUUCCCAGACAAACCAGGGCAACUUCAGCCUCAUGUUCCAAAGCUAUUUCAGAAAGAGAUCUCUCAGAAAAAAGGCAGUGAAGCAGGUGAUGUCAGUUAUAUUUCAUUUGAUGAUAUAUCAGGGAAAUCUGAGUGGAGUGUAUCUUCUUUCUCAACAUUUACUUCUCGAGAUGAAGAGGACUUCAAGAAUGGCUUAGCAGCAUUGGAUGCCAAUAUAGCUAGGUUACAAAGAACUCUGCAAAAUAGCAUUAUGAAACAGCAAGUGUGAGGAAACAAAUUAAAAUGGGCUUGCUCAGAUAAUUAAAAUUUUUCUGAGGUGUAUUAGAAUGGUACUGAUAGUAUUUGUAUUUUUAUGUGUAAAUGGAGCUCCUAUUUGUUUUAAUUAUGAAUGAGAUUUGUUCCUCAAGUCAUGGUGCUGCUUCCCUUGAUGUGUGCAACUUCAAAUAUUUACAAAUUCCUUUUUAAAAAUUGAUGACUUCACUUUAUACUCUUUAACUGCAAAAUUAAUUUCUAGCACAGCAUUUGAUAACUCUCGAUGAAACUGUUGUGCUUUUGGCAAUGUUUUUUCUAUUAAAUGAUAAACUACACUUUAUGGGUUUUUGUGUGUUUUUUAAAAGUAGUAAGAACACUGAGAGAUGCACUUAAGUCAAUUGCAGAUGUGGUAAAUCUAAGACAACUUUGAUUUAAUUAUAACAUGUAUAAAAUUUUGUAGUUUUUUAACCUUGAUUUUGACCUUGUAUUUUCAGAAGUUAACUCCUUUCUCUAGUUUACUAUGAAGGUGAGCAAACAAACGGUAGCAUCAAUAUCAAAGAAGUGGAUGGGCAGAACUUUUUUUAGCUGCAUUGCUUCUUGAGCCAGACUGGGUUUGGAUUCAGUAUAAUCCAAUAAUUAAGAAGUGGGAAUUUAAACUGUCUUUAAAUGAUAAAGUCUUCUGUCUUGAUUAGGUAGGCUCUUAGAGGGUUGUUGGUUGUUUUUUUCUUUUUCUUUAAAGAGGUACUUGGGAGCAGAAGGCUGAUUUAUUAAAUUUCCUUCCCUAAAGGGAUGGUAACAUACAUGGGUAAGAAGCUCUGCAGGUAAAUGCUAGGGAAGAGCAGGUAACAGAGCAGCUGUACAGGAACAUGGGGAGUUGAAAAUAAUAGGUCAGGAUCGUGCUGUUCAAAGAAUAAAGAAAUGCAGCCACCACAACAUGGGAUUUGUAGUAUGUAGUAGAUCCUGUAAAAUACAUGCAGUAGUCCUUUUCCACUUGUCAUUAGAAGACUCAGUUUUCAGUUUUGAGAAUUGUACUUGAAAGAAAAAUAAAUGGAGAGUCUGUACGAGGGCAGGAAAGGAGCCAUCAGCGUUCUGUUCUGCUCUACAGUUCUGUUUUAUGUUGUAUUUUCCUUAAGGGGAACUCAAUAUUGGAAUGUAAACACAAAACACCCUGAUGCUGAGAAACAGAAGCAUUAACAGGUUUUGGUUAACAGAAGAUAGAAAUUGGACAUUAUUUGAAACUGGCAAACAUGUAUGGUUAGCAAAGUGCUGGAAUAGACAGUCUAAGUAACUCAUGGAAAUUCCAUAGUGGUUGAGGUGCCGAACAUCUGUCAGGUGUGAAUGCAGAGUUUGGAGUGGGUCAUGCAGUUCAGCUCCUGCAGGAAUGGGAUUCCAGUCUGUUCUUCUUGGUAGGAUUUUCCAGGUCUCAGUGUCAAGAAUACGGAUCAGGGAGGGUUUCAAGUUGUGGAGAGGUUGUGUCAUUGCUACUGUUCUGUGGCUCUUGCACACUUAGCAGCACUCAAGUGUUGUAUUUCAUGACUGAUGGUUUUUCAGGGAAAGCAUCUUUGGAAAUGUAAUAGCAGCAAAAAGACCUUAAAAUUAGUUAAGAAAUUUAGACUUCUUUUUCUGCAGCAUUGGGUUGUUUAUUUUUUCCUAGAAAUCAUUACUGUGCUUUGUGGUGCUGGCAGUUUGGGAGACAGGUAUCAAGUCCAGCACUUUUAAGUUUUUAUCCAUAGUCGAAUGAACAGACUUUAAAUUAGUUCUCUGUCCGUACAUUGUGCUGUGUUGCAGUCCUGAGAUUAUUUUAGUUACUGUUAAGUGAGCAAUAAAAAGGUAUGAAGACAAUACGUACUAGGGAAAAUGCCAACUGGCACUCCAGCUUUGAAAAAGAAAAGUUAGACUAAAUAGUGACUUCAGUGAUUUAGAAUGCUUUUAAGGCUUGGCCUGGACUUCUUGGUACUCUCCCCACCUCUUGAGCUCAGAUUCAAAAUAAAGCUGAUGGUGUGGAAGUGAACACAUUUCAUCUAAAUAUUUACAAGCAGCUUCACAGAAGAAGCAAAGCAAGAUUUAAACAGUGAUUAUAGCAUGUAUUAAAGACAAGCUGCAAUAAAUUCUUGUUUUUAAAAAGACAAAGGCUGUCAGAAGAAAGGUGACAGAAGGUGGCAAACUGUUCAUUACUACACAGUCAGUUCUCUUGCAGUUAGGAC